GGCGAACUUCAACACAUAUGUGGUAGUCGUAAUUAAAUGAAAGAUGUAUAUAACUUCGUUUUAAUGUCUAUUAUUGAUAGCUGUUGAGUAAAAACUGAUAAUUUUCUUUAAGAUAAGAUAAUCAUGGUUUUUGGAAGUAAAUGGUCACCAAUAAAUACGGACGAGAUUCCGCCGCCAGUAGUUCCAGGAAUUUAUCGCCCAAAAAAUCGUGUGCCAGGUAUUAAUUCAUACACACGUAGAAAAAACGUACGUGCCGUACUCAAAAAUGGUUACCUGAAUAUCGAAAGUAAAUCAAAACAAAGGCAACUAUUCUCCAACUACAUCGUUGCACUUGUUGAAGCAAGGUGGAGAUGGACCCUUCUCAAUUUUGUAAGCGCACACACAUUUCUUUGGCUUUUUUUUGGCACCAUCUAUUGGAUAAUUUCUUAUAACCAUGAAGAUUUCUUACCUGUAUCCAUUUCUCAAAAUGCGUCGAAGACAACACCGUGCAUACGAAAUCUAUAUGGGUUUACCUCGGCUUUCCUCUUCAGUAUCGAAGUUCACACAACGGUCGCAUAUGGAAAGCGAGCAAUCACACUCGAAUGUCCCCAGACUGUAACUGCGAUGUGCUUACAAUGCAUUGUGAGCUCAAUAUUCCAGGCAAUAAUGGUCGGCAUACUUUUCGCAAAGUUGACUCGUCCUCGAGCCAGGACGCAGACAAUUCUCUUUAGCAGACAAGCAGUUAUAAAUCUGAGAAAUGACAAAUUCUGUCUAAUAUUCAGAGUUGGCGAUAUGAGGAAGUCUAGAAUAUUGAAUAUAAAGCCUCAAGCCUACGUAAUAAGGUUUCAAUCUGAGCAGAAGCAAAUGAAUAUUAGCGAUCAAAUUGAAUUGAAUGUUGACGUAGAUGAAUGCGAACAAACUUUUUUUCUAUGGCCAAUUACGGUGGUCCAUUGCAUAGACGAAAAAAGUCCAUUUUACAAAUUAUCAGCAGCUGACCUCUUGUGUAGUAAAAUAGAAAUACUCGUAGUUUUCGAAGGUAUGAUAGAAUCAACCGGUCAAUCGGUGCAAGCGAGGUCGAGUUUUAUAGAGUGUGACAUAUUUUGGGGUCAUAGAUUUGCUACGAUGAUUGGCUAUGAUACGGAGAGGAUGAUAUAUGAUGUCGAUUUUUCGAAGCUAUCAGAAAUUCAACAGGUUGACACACCUUUGUGUUCUGCGAAUGAAUUUAGCACAUUGUUAUCGGUCCUUUCGGACACUUCACCGGAGUUCACUACAUCGCAUGAAUUUAAUGAAUGGACGUGAGAUGUAACAAAGAGGUGAUUAAAUUGUCCGGGUAACCCUCAAUAUGUAACUGAAUAGCUUCAUUUGUCAAUUCAAAUAUGUAUCUUCAUUUUUAUUUAGGUCAUCUAUAACGGAUAAAACAUGAACUUAAUACAUUACUUGGACAACUCAACCUUUUGAGUGCCUUUUGUAGAAGUUUUAUUGAAAAGUGUUACUACACUUUACACAACUGUGUUUAAUACUAUAAUUAAGCUUUUUCAAGGACAAUGAAAAUAAGUUUAAAUAAUAUUCCUUGCCGGUGAAAUUUAUAUAAAAUACUCAAAAAUUAAAAUAUGCUUAUAGAGUCAGAUGCUGAAGCUACUAGACCAACAGUGCUAACACAAAAGUGCUAUCUAAACACAAAAAAAAUCUCCUCAAAUUUAGAACAAGAUUUGUGUUCGUAAAAUUUUGUAGUCCUUUUUCUAUUCAAAGUUAACCGAAUAUGUGAAGAAUUAAUAACAAGAUUUAAGAUGAGCCUUAAUUAGUGACGGUUUUGUCUAUGUUUCAGAAUUAAUUGGCAAAAGGUUUGAAUCAAAUGGCUGAAAUCGAGAUCCUAUUAUGUUAUGAAAACAUCUGGGGAUCUAAUAUCGAAUUAUUGUAAAAUAAGACGUGUUUACUGUUCAUUAAAGUUAGUUAGUUUGUUAUUGUGAGUUGUUUUACACUGUGUUCUAAGUUUAUGCUCCGAAAGCAAUCAAACAUCUAUUAAAAUGUUUUAUAAUU